AUCAGCAGUUGUGUGGCUAGAAAGCAGCCCAGCCCUACUGCCUAGAUCCCGCUGUUACACUGCCAGUUGUUAUCAUCACCAACACCCACCAUCGACAUCGCUCUUUGCCUUUGACAGGCAGGCAAGUUUGUGACGAGCAUCGCGGUGCAGCUUGCAGACAAUAUCACCACAUGUCGACAGCAUAUCCGCGACGCUAUUGCCGAGCGCAGCAAUAUCGCACAAACAUCUCUACGAGACCAGUGGCAGCACCUCGUUCUCCGUCCGCUGUCGCAGCUGCACAAGCCAGGGCCCUAGUCCAAAGCGCUAGUGGUCUAUUCAUCUGGGCAGCGACUGCCUGCCGCUUUAUCUGUGAAGGGAGGCACUUUGUAGCUAGAAGACUAGAGACGAUCCUACGUGACAACAGCAAUAAUACUAGGGCUCUAGAGAAGCAUCUUGACCAGAUCUAUACAACUAUGCUAAUGCUAUGGCACGUUCUUAGGAGCAUGUUGUUGAGCAAGCUGCUCCGCUGUGCGGGCGAAGAGGCUAGGCAGGCACUAGAGGAUCUGCAUGCCAUUAUCAAUAUCCCUGAGGGUCCCGCCCAGCCACUUUGUCUAUAUCAUCCUUCGUUCCGCGACUUCUUGCUUGACAGGCAGAGAUGCAACGACGACAAUUUCUGGGUCAAUGAGAGGAGAAUACAUGAGAAGCUGGUAGCUUACUGCGUAGAGCUCAUGUCCGCUCCCUAUGGUCUUCGACAAGACAUCUACAAGCUUUCCAAGCCUGGGAUACGUAGAAUUGAGAUUGACGAGAGUAGGAUCACGGCCAGCCUACCUCCCGAGCUGCAAUAUGCCCAGCGUGGUAUCAAGGAUGGAGACGCAACGCAUGGCUUCCUUGAGAAACACCUUCUCUACUGGCUUAAAGCUAUGAGCCUAAUGAAUGAGACGAGUCUAUGUGUGCGGCUAAUAUACGUAUCUGCUCUUCUUUUCUCGCCUGAAGCUAGCAUUGUGCGAAAGAUAUUCAUAGAAGAGGUGCAGCCACAGGCAGUAAGAGUGCUUUCAGAGAGAGAUAUAGAGUGGGACGCGUGCCGUAGCGUGCUAGAGGGCCAUUUAGAGGGGGUUAGCGCGGUGGUGUUCUCACCAGACGGGCAGCUGGUCGCCUCAGCAUCCGAAGACAGCACAGUGCGGGUGUGGGAGACAGCGACGGGCCAGUGUCGCAGCGUGCUGUAUGGCCGGCCGUCAAUUUUCCACAUCGCUUUCUCGCCAAAUGGUCAGACACUCCAGACCAACACAGGCGCAUGGUGUGUCUAG